UUUGGCAUAAAAGUGAGGGGAGUAUUACAAUUAUUUUAAUAGAAUUUUUAGAAAACCCAAAAUGCAGAGAAAACAACCGCAAUUAAUAUGAAUUUAUAAUGGAACGUCAGAAAGGAGCAUUGAAGAAAAUUGCAAUUUAAUUUUUAACCACCGAUAGUUAAAAGUAAGCAAAGCCAGAUUUGGGGAGCAGCGCAGCCAGCGCUCUACCUCUGCCUUAUUGCCAACUGACUAGAGCAGCGCGCGAGACUGUCUCUGGCACCAUAGCAGAGAAUUGUAUGAACAAGGGGACUCCCGAAAGCAUUAUUCCUGGAAAACAAGCAAAAGGGAGUUGAAACGUUCCUUAAAGCGGGGUGAGCUAUUUAUGCCAGAUCUCAUGGACAGCCAUUACCGCAUGCCGCCUAUAAAUCCGGCUAAUGGAGGUGUCGCUCCCAGUGAUCACACGGGAAGUGGGACCCAACAGAAACAACCACGCAACUUUAAAUUGAUAUCAGAUCCAGCACUAAUUAAGGGAGCUACUAAAUUAUAUAGGUUUGAUGGCAUUGUAAUAAAUGAUCCGACCUAUCCGCCUGUGAUGCCACGAGACCCUCGAAAUCCGGUAAUUCGGAUUCGAGCCCGGCCUUUAGAACCAAUGGUUCUUACAGUUCCGCGUUUGAGAAUUGAUCAAAAUUAUGUGGGGACGCCACCAGCCAUAGAAAUAACCAUAACGAAUUUGAAUGAUAACAUUGAUAAGCAGUUUUUAGCGAGAAUGUUGGAAAAGUGCGGGAGCUAUGAUGACCUUGCAAUUUAUCACCAUCCUUCCACUAACAAACAUUUGGGAGUAGCACGAAUUGUAUUUGAGAACGUGAAGGCUGCUCGUUUGUGUAUUGAAAAAUAUAAUCAAAAAUCGGUUAUGGGGAAGAUAUUAAGUGUAUUUCAGGAUUCAUUUGGAAGCAUUUGCAAACAAACAGUAGAAAAUUUAACAUCCGGAAAGUUGAGAGCACCAAUUGCAUCUUCGGCAACAAUUUCAACGUCCGGAGAUAGCUAUGUUCUUCCUUCACAUAGCGCUAGCAUUACGAGCAAGCAAAAUAUUACGUCAGAGUAUCAUCAUGAUUAUGUGUCACAGGAUAGCUUUAGUUCUGCUGUACCUUCUCAUUAUUCCUACCGCUCAGAACGUGAUUAUGAUCGUUAUUCCCAUCGAGAUCAUCGCUUUCAAGACAGUGAACGAUCAUAUCGUGCCGUUGAAAAACGUGAUGACAGAGAGCGCAGUCGAGAAAGAUGUGCGUCAACUUUACGUCUCGAAAAAGAUCGCUCUAAGCACCAUCAUUAUCAUCGUAAGCGUGAUCGAUCCAGAGAACAUAGCAGAGAACGUAGUAAUAGUGGGAGACGCGAGAGAGUUCAUGAAUAUGACCGUUCACGCGAUAGGCGAGAUCGCGAACGUGAUUAUCGUGAAAGAGAGAGAGAACGAUCAAAUGAUCGGGAACGUUUUUCGAAAAAUCGUGGAAGCGAUAAGUAUAGUACUUCACGUUACUCACGUGAGUAUGGUGUGCCGACCACGAAUAGCUCUGCAGCGUCAUCCUCUAAAAACGCUGCAUAUUAUUCCACCCAGACGGGUGCAACAUCGAUAAUAUCCCACAUAGGAGGUUCUUCAAUGUCUAAUUCCUACGGUUACCAUUCGUAUGCGUAUUCAGGUGAUAGUCACACGUCUUCGCAUAUGUGGCCAAGCGCACCCAGCUGGUCGGAUACGCAGCCGCCAUUGCCGCCACCUCCCCCUGACGGUACCCCAAAUUGGGAUGAACCGGAGCCGCCGUUGCCGGAAAGCUAUCCUAAGGUUGAUGAGGUGCAAUUUAAUCCUAACGAGAUAAAGCAUAGCAACGAUUCGAGUUCUUUGCAUAAGAAGUCUUCGAAAUCGAUAGAUAAAAUCGAGUCAAAUACUGAUUUGGGCAAUGUAGAUCUUGAUACUCGCAUAGCUCUAAUGUUUAAAGGCAAGUCAUUUGGUAACGCUCCGCCGUUUUUGCAAAUGGAUAGUAGUGAUUCCGAUACAGAGAAGGCGAGUCGAAAGAUUCUUGAAGAAGAGGAUGGAGAAGUAAAUUCGGAUUCUUCAGUUUGCAAAAUAUUUCAAAAAAAUAAAAGUGAUGAGAAGUGUGCAAAGGAGCGGCUAGUCACCGGUCAUCAAGGCACUAGCGAUAUAUCAUCAAGCGAUGAUGAAAUUUUGCUCAAGAAAGAAUCCUAUAGUCCAAUAUUACCCGGUCAUUUGCGAAAAGAUGAAGAUCGGAUGUCGCUUUCAAGUCUCUCCUCACACGAUGGUAAUCAAGCAGAGCCCGAAAAAGAGCAUUUAAAGGCGACAAAUUCAGAAUUACCAGAAAUGACUGCAACGUACGUUUAUCCUCCGCAUGCCAUUGCCAAUCCUUACUAUUAUCCCGGCGCAUAUACAAUGUAUUCGGGUCAGGAUUUGUCUGGUGCUGCCCAAUACUUUCCAAAUCCAGCAUACAUGCAAUCAUCCUACCUUCCGGGAAUCGGAGGUGCUUUACCUGGAUUUGGAACUACUACCGCGUGCCAUGAUCCGUACGCCGAUGCUUAUAAAUUUUAUCGUUCCGAUGGAUAUAAAAAUUACUUCAGCGAAGCGACGGAUAUUUCACAUCAAGAUCCUUAUAAACGAUAUAUAGAAGAGGUUGUCAAACGCGUAAGCGACGAGCUAAAACAAAUACUGAAACGCGACUUUAAUAAAAAGAUGAUUGAAAACACAGCCUACAAAAGUUUUGAAGCCUGGUGGGAUGAACAACUACAAAAAAGUCGUCAUAAAGCGAAAAGAGAAAAUGAUAAAACUUCAGAGAAAAGCACUAUAAUGCCUGUCGUUUUAAGUACAACUGCCGCUCCCAUGACCACCAUGACGACACGAAUUGAUAAACCGCCUGAUAUAAAUCAAUUAAUCAAUAGCCAUCGAGAUAUGUCCGACUUUAAUUCUCCCUUUCCAGCGCUGGGAUUACGAGCAUCCAUUCCUAAAUUACCGUCCUUUCGUCGUAUUCGUAAGCAACCUAGUCCUAAAUCAGAAAAGGCAGAGACUGAGAAACGACUUAGUGAUCAGGAAGAAAUGGUGCAAGCUUCUGAUUCGGAAAAGGAAGAUUCGAAUUUAAGUUCUAUUGCAUUAUCUCAAAUUGAUAGAAGUUCAGCGAAGGAAUCCAAAGAUCAUUUAAAUAAUGUGAAAGCCAAGCCGUUAUCAUCGCGCACUAAACGAAAGGGUAGCUCAUCAAGUUUCUUUUCAUCCUCAUCUUCAAGCGAAAAUGACGAUGAUGAUGACGAAGAAGAUUUAGAUGGAAGCUCCGAUGAUGGCGAUCGCAGUGCCAGUGCAGAUGAACUAAGUUCUGUGUCCGAUGAAGGUGGAAAACAGAAACGGCACAAAGAAAGAGGCCGUCAUAAGCAACGUCAACAAGUCUUCGCGCGAGAUCUUUACUCAGACAGCGAGGAUGAAAAAAUGGGCGCUUCAAAAGUUAACAGAGAAGUUGCAGUCAAUAAGGAAAAUAUAUAUUCUGAUUCGGACGACGAAAGGGCCAGAAUGGGGUCCAUAAAUUCAAAAAAAGAAAAAGAUGACCCAAAAAUGAAAAUUUUGUCUUCAAUUGUUUCUGAUCUGGAAGAUAUUAGUAAGGAUGGUAGUCUCAGCUUGGGAGAAGACGAUCAAAAUGAAUCAAAUCAUAAAACUGCCGAUACGUCGAGAAACGAAAUAUUAUCGACGAAAUCCGUCGAAAUAAAAGCUGAAGUGCCGCCUGCUGGGGACGGUUCGAUCGGAUUCGUUAACGAAAAACAACUCGAUGAUAAAAGCGUGCAAUCCAAAAAAUCCAUAUUUGAGUAUGAUCGAAUAUAUAGCGACUCCGAAGAAGAACGUGAAUAUCAGGAGAGACGUAGGCGUAAUACGGAAUAUAUGGCCCAAAUUGAACGUGAGUUUAUGGAGGAACAACAACGAAAAAUGCGCGAAGCUCAAGAGCAGAAAUCUGUGCCUGCGACUGAUGUCUUGACCAAUUCUCCAGCUAAUACGAAAUCUUCCGUUACGAUUAUCCGUAGCUUUUCGAGCAUUAGUGCGCCACAAACACCCGAAUUUACAAAAGCGCUACCAGCGCCGGCUGUGUCUUUGAGUGCGGACAUAAGCAGCAGCGUUAAGAAGGAAAAAUUAACCGGGAAGGGCAAAAGGGAAAAGAAUGCGACCGCUAUUAAAAAUGAAUUCCCCAAGAACAAAAAAGAUGUCAAAACUACACCUUCACCACAUAACAGAAUUCCUCAUCAAGACAAUGAAGUAAAUGCAGCUGAUGUGCCCUUAACUCUCCGUGAAUCUAAAACAAACGUGACGGCGUCGAAUGCCGACGUUAACAAUCAAGAAUUAGGUUUAAAUGUACAGAGCGGAGCUCAAAUAAAAUCAAAUACAAAAUCUGAACUACACGAUAUAAACAAUAAAGCAAUUUUGUAUGAUAACUUUGAUACCACGGUUAAGUCAUCACUAAGUCUGCCGUUAAAUAACUCUUCACAGGCUGAGCAGAAAACUGAGAAUGCAAAAAUGUCGCCCACAUCUUCGGAUGGUGAUUCCAGUCAGGCGAGUCAAGCUAGUCAGGUGGCGCUUGAACAUUGUUAUUCUUUACCUCCACAAGCAGACAUAUCUAAGCAACCAAUAAUAAAUUCGAUUUUGCCCAAUGGAGAAACUGCUCGCAAAAAGCAACAGUAUUUAGCUCACGAUCAUGGUGGAUAUGCGACUCCGCCUGCGACCAAAGCAUCAGCAUCAGCAUCAGAGGAAAAUAUUAUACAAACUCAAGCACCCGUGCAGCAAACAAUCACAACGACUGCAAGUAAGCCAGGCCCUGGAAGGCCGCGAAAAGAUUCAGCAAGAGCGAAAAAGAAAAGCGAUAGCAAUCAAAAAAUAAUUGAAAAGCGAUCCUAUGCAAAAGAUAAGAUAACGAAAGCUGCCUUCGAAUCUUAUGCGAAAGCAUUGGCUAACUUCAUACCUCGUGAUAUGUUCAAAUCUCGUGACGCAACCGACGAAAUGAUGGUACUCUACGAAUUUCUUACAAAAGGCGUUGACGCCGAGGACAUACAAUACAUACGUAGAAGUUAUGAAAUUCAUUUGCAAGAAGAUACAUAUAGUUUCUGGUUAAACAAUACCCAUUGGGUAGAUCACUGUGUAACCGACAGAACUUUUGUACCGCCACCGAACAAAAAGCGUAAAAAAGAUGAUGAUCUUAAGCGGCAUAAAACUGGAUGCGCUCGUACCGAGGGUUACUACAAACUAGAUGUACGCGAAAAAGCUAAGCAUAAGUAUCAUCAUGCAAAGGCUACUGUGGAGAACGCCAUGAAUGUCGAUCGCGGUGAUGAUCAGAUCUUCAGCUUGCUUAACAAGCAAGUGUCGAAAAUGCAGGGCAUUUCAAGAGAGGCUCGUUCUAAUCAAAGGCGACUUCUUACCGCUUUCGGCUCGAUUGGAGAAUCGGAAUUACUUAAAUUCAAUCAGCUUAAAUUUCGCAAGAAGCAGUUAAAGUUUGCUAAAUCAGCUAUUCACGAUUGGGGCUUGUUUGCAAUGGAACCGAUCGCCGCCGAUGAAAUGGUUAUCGAAUAUGUUGGUCAGAUGAUACGUCCUAUUGUGGCCGAUUUGCGCGAAAACAAAUAUGAAGCGAUUGGAAUCGGAAGCUCAUAUUUGUUUCGCAUUGAUAUGGAGACAAUUAUUGACGCGACCAAAUGUGGCAAUUUGGCUCGCUUCAUAAAUCACAGUUGUAACCCAAAUUGUUAUGCUAAGGUGAUCACGAUUGAGUCGGAGAAGAAGAUUGUUAUCUAUUCGAAGCAACCAAUUGGAGUAAAUGAAGAAAUUACCUACGAUUACAAGUUCCCUUUAGAGGAUCAGAAGAUUCCGUGUUUAUGCGGUGCUCAGGGUUGUCGAGGAACUCUGAACUAAAACUAACUGCUGCUUUUAUUAUUACGUUUUACCUCUCUCAUAUAUCUUGUGAUUUUAUUUUUUAUUCUUUUUCUGUUCAAUUACAACCUAUUAACCUAACCUCAACUUGGAUUUUCUGGCUAGGUUUCAAAAAAAAAUUUUUUUUUUUCUCCAAAUACUAAUCUAAUAUUUUAUAAUAAUGAGAAGAAUAUGUUUAGUUUGGAUUGAGAUUAUUAGAAAAACUUAGCCCUAAACGCAAGCAAUUAUUAUAAAGCGUGUACUGUAAAUAUUAACAACUGAGCUUGAAAUUUUUUAAUUAGCUUAAGAAUAAACUUAUAAAGUGAAAACAUAAAUUAAUGUUAUUUUAGCGUGAGAAACGAGUGCUGUAAUAUGUUCGAUAUUUUCUUUAUUAUUAUCUGUGCCCAGUUAUAAAUAACCGAACUACCAACUUACUUUGGGUUAGAUUACAACAUUUUUGUAAAUAGCAGCAAUUUACAUUUAUAACACUGAUGCAUUAAUUCAUAGAUUUACUUUAUA